GUCAGCUGAGCAGAGCUGGACGGCGCAGCCAUUUCUCCGCUCCUCACGGACAAACAGAGGAAAACAUGCAGCUGGUUUGCUUUGGACCGCCACGCACGCUGCGUGCACAUGUUGCGGCCGUAGCUGCGUGACUUCUGGCUGAAACCCGCAUCCCUGAUCGCAGAACGGCGAGCCGAAAACUUUCCUCCCUCCGAUCUGCGCAGAAGCUGUCGCCUUCGCCUUCCACCAUGGAGGCAAACCUGCAGGGAGGAGACGUCUCAGCGAUGCACGUGAAGACUGAAGCCGCGGAGGAGAGCUCAUCUGCGCCGCUUGUGGGCAGCCAGGAGUCGCCUGCGCCCUGCGGAGAUGGCGCAUGCAGAGGAGGAGGAUUGCAACAGACUGCGGAGGAGCUGACUGAGGAGCUGCAGGCCGCCCCCACUGCUCCCCCUGUUCUGCUGUACCCUGUGAGCUCUGAUCGGUUCUUCACCACCUCAGCAGACGGAAAAACAUACCUGAAGAUAGCUCCAGCUGCAGUGCUCCCACCUGCUCCAGGAGAGAAGACUCUUUCCACUGGCUCAGAUUUUUCCUCCAAAGCUGUUCUGUGUCUGAUCGAAGCUGUCGGGCGCCGCUGGGGCCUGUAUGAGACUCGGGAACGCUCACAGCUCUUCCAGAGCGUCCAGGAAGAGAUGGCCUCAAAGGGCCACAUCCUUCCUGUGGAAAAGAUCCGCCGCAAGUGGAACAACCUCAUUGUCACGUACAAGAGGGUCAAGGACCGCAGCCGGGAGACGGGGCACGCCAAGACCUCCUGGGAGUUCUUUGAUCUGAUGGACGCCACUCUCUGUGACACUAUUGGCACACAGAUCAUCAACAACAAAAGAAACAAAGGUGGCACGAACGCAUCGGCACAGCCUGGUCCUUCGACAAAGAUCACCUCAAAGCCGGGGCAACUCCCUCCGCCGACGACCAUCGUCCAUCCGACUGGUGACUUUUCCACAACUGGUGGUGCUGAACCAGCAACCAGCCAAGUCAUCAACAGCACAGCUGCGAGUACCUCACAGAGUGCAGCAACCAUCAGUGCAGUUAAAGCUCCAGAGCUCAAGCCUCUUAUUGUCCUCAAUGGUGACGUUGCCAGUAGUCAGCCAGCCACAGUUGUCCCAGCUUCUACUUUUAUCUCCUCGCCUUGUUUUACAGAAACAACCUCCACCUCUUCUUCUCUUGUCUCAACCAGUAGCACAGACCUCACCGUGCCGAGCUACAAAAGUCGGAAGACUUCAUCCUUCACAUCUGGGCUCAUACCUUUUUGUCUUAGUACAGCGCCACUUGGUCAUAAUCCUAAUGUCCUCGGACUUUCUUCCUUGCCACCAACUUCCUCCUGUCACAAUCCUUCCAUUGCCUCCUCCUUAUCUCCAUCAGUUCUCCCUGGCAUCGAGGAGCAGGGGCAGAAAGGAAACAAGGAGCAAACCAGCAUCACUUUGUUCCAGGAGAUCCUAAAGCGGCAGGAGGAGCAGGCUUACCUUGAUCGAGUGACUCGGCGCAGGGUGGAAGCCAGAGAGAAGAGGCGUGAGAGGAGGGAGGUGCGGAUGGCUGAGUCCCUCGGGCGGAUAGCCACAGCCUUGGAGCUGCUGUCCUCCAAGCAGGACACCGUCAUUGCUCUCCUGCAGAGGCUGGCUGAUCGGAAGUGAGGCUUUAAGGUGGGAAUGCUGCAUCUUUGCUGCUACUGUGACCGUCACAUAAUGGCAGACAUUUUAUCUCUCCGUAGAUUGAUGUAAAAGUAUUGACAUUUGUUCUCCGCGUUAUUUGGGAUGCAUUAAAUUUGCUGUGAACACACACACACACACACACACACACACACACACACACACACACACACACACACACACACACACACACACACA